GCCAAUUAAUUUCUUACACUAUGAGCGUUACAUUUUCUUGUCUGUUAAUUCUGAAGUCUUAACGUCAUUUCUCAUUGACUGCUGUGCUGUUAUGUCCUGUCACCAAUUUUUUUUAGAGGAAGCCGACGAUAAAUGAAAUAUCUGCUGGGAUUUAUUGUACAACAACACAAUGGAGAAUGGAUCAGUGGUGACGUCAUUCAUAUUGAGGGCAUACACUGAACUGGAGAACCAUAGAUAUCUAUACUUCACAAGCUUCCUGUUAUUGUUCUUCCUUAUGAUAUUAACAAAUAUACUUCUUAUUAUAGUAAUUUACAUUGAGAGAAGUCUCCAUGAACCCAUGUACUUUUUUGUGUGUAAUUUAGCAGUUAAUGGACUUUAUGGCAGCUUAUCUGUAUUACCGUCAGUCCUUGUUAAUUUAAUGUCUCAUACUUAUGAAAUAUCUCUGACCAGUUGUCUUUUACAGAUAUUUUGUAUACACACAUAUGGUGUAGGUGAAUUUACUAUCUUAGGCAUUAUGGGCUAUGACCGUUAUGUCGCCAUUUGUCAUCCUUUACACUAUCACCAAUUAAUGUCUCUUAGAAAAGUGUGCAUCCUUAUUGCAUUGUCCUGGAUUUAUCCAUAUGUUCUUUUUGGACUUUUUUUCAAAUUAACUGUAGAGCGUACAUUUUGUGACGGGAUCAUGGAAAAGAUGUAUUGUAUCAAUUUUGAAUUAGUCAAACGUUCUUGUUCUGAAACCUCUUAUCAGAACAAAAUUGGGUUUGUUAUAACUCUUUUUGGAAUGGUUCCGCAGCUGCUCAUGAUACUAUUUUCAUAUGCCCAAAUACUCAGAAUCUGCCUGUCUGCUUCUAAGGAAUCUCAGGCCAAAGCUGUUCAGACAUGCACCCCACACAUACUGGCUGUGAUUAACAAUGCAGUGGGAUGGCUUUUUGAAUUUAUUUCAAGCCGUUUCAACAUGAGUCAUGUACCGUAUAAUGCUCGCAUAUUCCUAUCCCUUUACCUUCUGAUAUUUCCCCCAUUGUGUAAUCCUGUCAUUUAUGGAAUUAGCAUUCAAACCAUCCGGGUUCUUAUUUUCAAACAAUUCAUUACGUGUAAAAAUAAGUUAACCCCACUGUAGGUGAUGAUGAAAUAGGCUCAUGCCUGUGUAAUUCUUUUAACACAUUGUUUAAGCAUUGUUUUCACCUAAAUGAGCUCAAAUGGAAUUCCACGGGUUGAUAGGAUCAAUAAAAAGUCUGGACACUGGCUCUUUUGCAACAGUACAAGAAAACUGUUUUUAUUUCUGCCUGUAGAAUUCAAUCUCAUUUACCAUUUACAUGUUCGUAUUUUACAGAAACUCAAAUUCACUCUCAUACGCCAGUCACUUAUACAUAAAAUCAGUUUAUACAGCUGGAUAAUGACUGAAACAAAUCAGAUCAGUUCAGUUCCCUUGCUCAAGGUUAUGAUGACAGUGACCCAUCUGGUGAUCAACUUUUGUCCGAUGGAUGGACAAUCAAAUUUGUCUCAACCGUGCCUACCGGGGAGAGAGUACGUGCACCUGGGUGUGUUAACUAAUCAGCCCAGGUGCUUAAAGGUGUGCUGCUCUCAACAUUAUGGGGCUGAGACUGUGGUGAAUUUGGUCAGUCAGUGAACAGACGACACAUCCAAACUAGUACUGCUGAAAAUCUGAUGGGCUAGUCAGCUGAAAAGUGGAAAGCUGAAAAGCUUCUGCUGUGUUUUGUAUGGUUUGUCUUUGUUUUAGUUUGUUGUUCAUUUGGUUGCUUCAGAAACCCACUGCCUGUUCUCCUGCAUACUUAUUUUCUGCCUAAAUUUCUGAAUGCUGCUGUAGUUAGACAAUUCCAUACCAACUUCAUAAUAUUCCGCUUGAUUCAGAGCGAUGUGCUUGUUUGAAUCUUUUUGAAAUUACAAAUAGUUUCCCAAAUAUUUAAACGUUUUUUGGGGAGACAAAUUCCCUUAGAGAAUGAAUGGAGAAUGAAAAGUAAAUUUCAGCAAUGGCAAAUGCUGAUCAAUGUAAUGCUAUUUCAGCCAAUAGGAUACGUAAAAAUAGUAUGUGUGAUGCUAUUUCAGCCAAUAGGAUACAGAAAAUUGAAAAGAAGCCAUUUUGUGCCAGCGAAGCAAGCCACCAAGUGUAUUCAUAACAACCAAAUACCUAUAAUAUUGGCAGUGUUACAGUAAUAUCAUGACAGACAGGCAUCAAACAUUUAUAAAACAGGAUUUCCAAUUGUGAAUUGUCAUGCCAUUGCAUGAAAACUGCAUUUAGCAACUGGUAUUGUGAAGCUAGUUGGCUGUGUUAUUGUAACCUAGUCUAUGUAAAUACAGUGCAUUAAUAUUUUCAAACUUCACAAAUACCGCACCCCUAACCACAAAAAUGCGUAGCUAUAUGUGGAGUGAGAGCACCUAUUAUCAGCUGGGGUUGCGUGAUAGACAGUAAAGCGUAAAAAUAUUUGCAAAUGUAUAAAAUAGGCGAAAUAUUGGUAACAACCUGUACCCGGUAAUGUAGAAAAAAUGUUAUCCUCCGGAGGUUUUUUUUCAGUACUUUCACUAUUUAAAAAAAAAAAAAGAAGAUUCUGUGCAAAUAUGUCAGAAGUCGCCCAGUACUAGAAUUAGCUGCUAAGGGGACAUGUAUCAAACUCCCAUAGAGAUUAAUGGAACUUGGCUUUACUUGGUGCCCCUUGUCUUAA